AUGGAUGAUGAGAUAAAUGUAACAUAUAUAACUCUUGGUGGUCAUGUGGAAGUUAACAAAUACAGAUACAUUUAUUUUUUUAUUAUCUUCAUAGUAUAUUUGCUAAUAAUCUGCAGUAAUUCAACCAUUGUGUACCUUAUCUGGGUUCACCCUAACCUCCAUGAGCCUAUGUAUAUUUUCAUUGCAGCUUUGUUAGUGAACUCUGUUCUUUUCAGCACUGCUGUCUACCCAAAGCUUUUGGUUGACUUUUUAUCUGAAAAACAGACCAUAUCUUAUUCAGCUUGUCUCUUCCAAUUUCACUUAUUUUACUCUUUAGGUGGUUCAGAGUUCUUACUGUUGGCAGCCAUGUCGUAUGACAGAUAUGUAUCUAUAUGUAAACCUCUGCAAUAUCACACUAUCAUGACAAAACCAACAGUCAGUGUUUUCUUGGGUUUGGCUUGGAUUCUGCCGGCCUCUCAGGUGGCUGUACCGGCUGGUUUAAGUGCUGAAAAAAAGCUUUGUAGAUUUCUUUUAAAAGGAGUUUUUUGUAACAAUACAGUUUAUAAACUUCAGUGUGUGAUCUCAGGAGCACAAAUCAUACAUGAUAUGGUAAUUUUGCUUAAUGUUGCGCUUGUCCCUGUGCUUUUCAUACUCUUUACAUACACCAGGAUAUUUAUUAUUACCUAUCGAAGUAGUAGAGAAGUCAGGAGAAAAGCUGCACAGACCUGUCUACCCCACCUGUUGGUUCUGAUGAACUUUUCCUGUCUGUGUGCAUACGAUGUGAUUAUAGUUCAGUUGGAUACUGACUUUCCAAAAACUGUAAAUUUAAUAAUGUCUUUACAAAUAGUAAUGUAUCACCCUCUCUUUAAUCCAAUCAUGUACGGACUAAAGAUGAAAGAAAUAUCAAAACACCUCAAAAAGUUGUUCUGUCGAGCCAAAUGUACGUGA